AAGUUACGUCAUCUCUAUGCGUCCGUCUGAGAAGAAGGACGCUCUGUUUACGGAGAGCGGGCUAAUGUUAACUUCAGAAACUGCUUUUUUGGCACAUUUUUCUAUCAAAAUAAAAUUCUUACUCGAACGUUUUGAAACAUUUAUGACAGUAAGUCCCAGUCGGUGUUAUUUCCCCUCAGAAGAGUGAGGCUUUUCCCCCUCCGAGCUGGUAAAACAAAAAAUAGUUGUCUAACAUUGCACGCUAACGGCUAAUGCUGCGUAGUUUCAUUUCAUUGAAAACAGACUGCAGUAGCCCGUUACAUUUGUUUACGCCUGUUGGUGUUUUCUACAAAAACAUAUCACGGGGACUGACAUGGGCCUGUACUCAAUACAUUUACCACAUAAUCGAUAGCUAUAAUGAAAAGAAGAGCAGAUGCAACAUAUUCACCUCUGCAGGGGACGAAGAGGCGGCUCGAAGAAAGCAGCUCAGAUGAAGAGUCAUUGUCUAGACAAGACUCGAGCCAAAAUGACUCCCUCAGUGACCAGGAGGAUCACAGGCCGAGCUUCUCCAUGCCGUCCAUAUCGACAUCCUCCUUUGAUGCCCAAGACAACGACGACUCCGCUCAGACCUCCUCGAAGUUCUCCAUGUACAACAGCGUGUCGCAGAAGCUCAUGGCAAAAAUGGGCUUUAGAGAAGGAGAGGGUCUGGGUAAGUUCAGCCAGGGGCGCAAAGAGAUCGUGGAGGCUUCCACCCAGCGUGGAAGGAGGGGCCUGGGGCUCACGCUGCAGGGUUUCCAGGGAGAACUCAAUGUUGACUGGCGGGAUGAACCAGAGCCCAGUGCAACUGAGAAAGUCAACUGGUUUCCAGAAUGCACCACAGAGACCCCAGAUGCAGAUGAGCUGAGGGACUGGUUGAUUCUGGGACCGAGAAAACUAAAGAUUGAGGAUGAAACUGAGUUUUGUACAGAAGAUCUUCUUCACACGCUUCUACGCUGCAAGACGGUGUUUGACGAUCUGGAGGGCGAGGAGAUGAGGAGAGCCCGAACACGCUCGAACCCUUAUGAGACGAUCAGAGGAGGAAUCUUUCUCAACAGAGCAGCCAUGAAAAUGGCCAACAUCGAUCACUGCUUUGACUACAUGUUCACCAAUCCAAAAGAUUCUCAAGGGAAAUCCCUGGUGAAGGACCGCGAGGGCGAGCUUCUGUACUUUGGCGACGUCUGUGCCGGGCCCGGCGGCUUUUCGGAGUACAUCCUGUGGAGGAAACGUUGGCACGCUAAAGGCUUCGGGAUGACGCUGAGAGGGCCGUGCGAUUUCAAACUGGAGGAUUUCUACGCCGCGCCCAGCGAGUUGUUUGAGCCUUACUACGGUGAGGGUGGAGUGGACGGGGACGGUGACAUUACUCUGCCUGAAAACGUGACCGCGUUUCGUAACUUUGUCAUGGAGAACACGGACAGAAGAGGGCUGCAUUUCCUCAUGGCAGACGGGGGUUUCUCUGUGGAGGGCCAGGAGAACAUCCAGGAGAUUCUCACCAAGCAGCUGCUGCUCUGUCAAUUCCUCACUGCCCUCUCCACUCUCAGGACAGGUGGACAUUUUGUAUGUAAAACCUUUGACCUCUUCACUCCUUUCAGCGUGGGUUUGGUGUACCUGCUCUACCUCUGCUUCGACAGGAUCUCUCUCUUCAAACCCGUCACCAGCAGGCCAGCCAACUCUGAGAGGUACAUCGUGUGCCGCGGUCUGAAACCGGGUUCGGAUGCAGUCAGAGAGUACAUGUUCAGAGUCAACCUGAAACUGAACCAGCUCAGGAACAGGGACAACGAUGUUACAGAGGUGGUUCCACUGAGCAUCAUAAAGGACGACACAGACUUCUACCAGUUCAUGGUCAACUCCAACGAGAGCCUCUGUGUAGUCCAGAUCAAGGCCUUGGCGAAGAUCCACGCUUACGUCAUGGACCCGUCGCUCUCGGAGCCGAGACAAGCCGACAUCAGGAAGGAGUGCUUAAAGCUUUGGGGGGUACCAGACAAAGCCAGAGUCGCUCCUUCUUCCUCCGACCCAAAAAACAAAUUCUAUGAGCUGACAAAGAACUCAGAUGUCGAUGCGUUCCAGAGUAAGAUAACUCCUCUGGACUCCAAGACGCUCAGUAAGCUGCGACAAAUUUUUGACUACAGGUGCAUCGUGGGAGGCGGAGAGCAGAUCUUCCUGCUUGCGCUGGGGAAGUCUCAGAUAUACACGUGGGAUGGGAAAAUGCCCCUGCGCUGGAAGAAAAUUGAAAAUUUCAAGCUGGAGCUGCCAAGGGAAACACUCCUCAGCGUGGAGAUUGUUCAAGAACUGAAAGGGGAGGGUAAAGCUCAGCGCAGAAUCAGUGCUGUCCAUGUAAUGGAUGCACUGAUUCUUAAUGGCACUGAUGUAAGAGAUCAGCACUUCAACCAGCGAAUCCAGAUGGCUGAGAAGUUUGUGAAGGCGGUGGCAAAACCCAGCAGAACGGACAUGAACCCGAUCAGAGUCAAGGAAGUUUACAGACUGGAGGAAAUGGAGAAAAUCUUUGUCAGACUAGAGAUGAAGAUGACCAAGAGUUCAGGAGGCGUCCCUCGUCUGUCCUACACCGGCAGAGAUGACCGCCACUUCCUUCCCACAGGCCUCUAUAUCAUUAAAACUGUCAAUGAGCCGUGGACGAUGGCAUACAGCAAAAACUCAAACAAGAAGUUUUUCUAUAACAAGUUAACCAAGGAAUCGACUUAUGAUAUGCCACCAAAUGCUGCUGCUCCUUUCCGCGUCUGUCACUCUGAGCGACUCUUCUGGGCCUGGGUGGAAGGAGUCAUCGUCCACGAUUCCCAGACCCGAACGGACCCAGAGAAACUGUCCAAAAAGGAGUUUUUAACCUUCAUCCAUCAACAUCACCAGUACUGA